GCAAAAUUCAUUCAAUUUCCGGUCGUUUUCAAUGAGUAAUUAAAAAAUUUAGUAAACUUUUCGCACAGUUAGCCAUAAACUCAGUUAUGAUAAGACAAGGGUGUAGUGAAUACGUACGGUCUGUACAGUACACGAGCCGCGAGACCACUCAUUAAAAUGGCUUUUGUUUGGUUGCAAUGGGUUUUGAUUGUGUCCUCAUUGGCAUCGAUCGCCAUAUCUUCGGAGGUGGCCACCAAUGAGACCGCAGAGACGGCAGUUGUCCCCCAAUGGGCGGCACCACAACCCGACGAAAGGGAGCUCAGGGGUGUCGGUGCCAUGGAUCCUGGUAAUUACACUAUUUGUCUCUUGGACAUACCCUCUCAUUUAGUUUUGUGA